AAGCAAAACCGAGUUCUCUCGAUUGGCCGACGUACCUUCAGUUUUUGUUCAAGGCCCGCCUCGUGCCUCUCUCUACUUCGGUGUGUUUGCUCUGAGGAUCUCCAGUCUCAUAACAAACACAUACCAGCCCUGUUUUGCGAGGAGCCCUGGAGGAGUUGGGACAGAGGCCACAUUGACCAAGGACAGUUGCCAGGGUCCUGCAGUUACACACAAAGUUCUUAGAUAGACCAUGGCCCUGAGAGCAUGUGGCUUGAUCAUCUUCCGAAGACGCCUCAUUCCCAAGGUGGACAACAAUACAAUUGAGUUUCUUCUGCUGCAGGCAUCGGAUGGCAUUCAUCACUGGACUCCUCCCAAAGGCCAUGUGGAACCAGGAGAGAAUGACUUGGAAACAGCCCUAAGAGAAACUCGGGAGGAAGCAGGCAUAGAUGCAGGACAGCUGACCAUCAUUGAAGGGUUCAAAAGGGAGCUCAAUUAUGUGGCCAGAGAGAAGCCUAAAACAGUCAUUUACUGGCUGGCAGAAGUGAAGGACUACAACGUGAAGAUCCGCCUCUCCCAUGAGCACCAAGCCUACCGCUGGUUGGGGCUGGACGAGGCCUGCCAGUUGGCUCAGUUCAAGGAGAUGAAGGCAGCACUCCAAGAAGGACACCAGUUUCUCUGCUCCACAAAGGCCUGAACUGACUGGAAUAGAGUCAUUUGCUUCAGUAGGAUCCUUGAGGGCUUUCUGAGAUGAACCCACCCUCAGGUCCAAGGAAGGUGUGCUUGUCUUUGGCUCAUUGCAGGCAAGAGCAGAUAGGUAGCAAAAUCAGCUCAGGACUCUGAGGUGAGAGCAAGCAGAAAUCUCAACUGGGUAGAAAGGAGGACAAAGGAGGAGUAAAAUUUAGAAAGGCGAGGCCCAGUAAGUAUAUCCUUGUAUUUUGUAAAUAAACCUCAAGCAGCUUAUCUAUCCUUC